AUGAAGAUCUCAUCCAUUACUCUUUUUGCUGCUGUGGUCGCAGGAUCAUUUGCGGAUGCUGUUCCCGCUCACCGACGAGGUGCCGAUUUGAAGCCCAGGUACUACUUUCCGAGAGUUGUCAAGAGGCAGGUCACAUUCGACAAUACUACAACAGACGCGAGUACUCCGACCGACUCUACCAGUUCUAGCUCUACGGAUUCUGGGCUGGGAAGCCUGAUCUCGUCGGUAGGAGAUGCCUUGUCUGGGGUAGCAUCUGCCAUUUCUGGCGACACCCCAACAUCAACACCAGCAAGCACUGAUGCGCAAACCACCGACUCAGCAUCAAGCGCUGAUCCGACGGAUACUGCCACGCAACCGGUCGAAGACACGUCUGCGGAUACAGCUUCGCCGUCAGCUACAGAUGCGUUCAUACCGUCUGCAACUGAUGUGCCGACAGAUCGCAACACAGAUACAACUGCCACUGCAACGGAUACCCCGACUAUCACAGGGACACCAUCUGCCACUUCAAGCUCGGACGAAGGAGGAAUCACAUUGGGGCUUGAUUCUAUCAUUUCAAGUAGUGAUACAGCAACGGACUCUGCCACGAGCACAACUGAUUCGGACGUUUUGGCGUCGAUUACUGCCGCGGCGUCAUCGGCUCUCGUCUCAGCUAGCGAUGCUGCUACCUCGAUUUUGUCCCUCGCAAAUUCUUUGCAGUCCGUUGCUUCGACGGCAUCCGGUUCCGAUAUCGCAUCAAUCUCCUCUGCCCUGUCGUCUGCCGCCGAUGCGGCUUCCUCGGUCGCAUCCGAAGUGAGCUCAGCAAACUCGGUGAUUACUUCGGCAGCCCCUACUACGACUUCCGGUCCUGCUGAUGUGACGAGUGACUUGAACUCAUUCCUAUCACUCACGGCCUCGAUCACUGAUGGACUUGUGCCAACCGAUACUCCAACACUUCUUCCCACCGAUUCGCUGACUGCAUCGCCCACUCUGCCUACUGAUUCAGUCACAUUGCCUCCCAUCAGUGCAACGGACUCGGGAACCGUUUCACCUACUAUCAGCCCAACGGACUCAGUUACAACUCCUACCGUAAGUCCAACGGACACAGUGACAUUACCUCCAACCAUCAGUCCCACCGAUUCCGUUACUCUACCACCUACUAUCAGCCCUACGGUUUCGAUUACAGACACCCCGAACAACAACACCGUGACUGUUCCUCCUACGGAUACCACCAAGACGACGGAGACCACCCCCACGGUAACACCCACCGAAACACCCACGGAGACACCCACCACCACUGUUGCUACAACGACUCCUAAUGUGCCUCCGCUCGUCGCUAACACCACUACUCCUGCGACGACUCCCGUGGUCACGCCUUCGACAACUCAAAGUCUGACAUCUUCAAUCCCACCUACAAAUACUGUCAAACCUACAGGAACAGACUCUGCGUCGGUCUUGACCCCAGAAUCAAGCAUCAUCUCGGCGACAACAGCUCCCCCUAGUAUGACUUCGAAGUCGACUUCAACUAGCGCUGCAGUGAUUCCAACGACCCUGCCUCGCGUUAUUCAACCUCAAGGAGGUGUGCCGGAUGCUCCGGAGAACUCUACUUUGAUCCAGCUGGGAUUCAAUUAUGGUCUCAACUAUGCUUUUGUGGUCUCCUCACCGACUGCUGUGUCCCAGAUCUUUUCGUAUCUUCCCGUCGGUGUCUCGCAUGGUCUGGGUCUUGAUCUGGACCGUGUUGUCAUGCAGUACCUGCAGCCGUACAACACUUUGGAUACGCUGAACUACAUCACCACGUUGGCCAUGGCCUUCAUCCCAGCUGACAAAGUCGAUACAUUGUCCAUGAAUCUCUUAAAUCCCAACUCGGAGCUCUAUCAAAACCCGAACCCGUCUGUGGUGACGCUCAUGAGCAUGAUCGAUCCUUCGAUUCCCAUUCUGCCUGGCUCUGCCAUUGCUGGAGGCGGCACACCAGUCAACUCGGCGAACUCUGCUGCCACAACCUCGGACGACAGCGGUACCCCUGAUGGCGGCACUCCGGGCAGCAAUGACUCGGGCAGCUCGCCGGUGCGUCCAUCCUCUGUCGGCAUCGCAGUCGGCGCUGUCGCUGGCGCGGCUGUCUACGGAGCCGCAAUGUUCCUUGUCGCCCGUCGGUACAAAAAGCGCAAGGCUGGCCACCAAAGAUCAAGCAGCGUGCAGUCAGGAAACCGCGGCGCCCGUCCCGGCGAGAACUCGAAUCUCAUGGCUGGCGCGAGAGGCAGCUACGGCACUCGAUUCGGUGGUCUAGCUGGCCGUACCUCGAGAACAAGUGAUCGCAGCAAUUCUCAGAGGAGUGGGCGGACGUACAUCAGUCCGCCCGUGAUGGCUGAGAACAGCUUGGGAUGGAACUAG